AUGCACGGGAAAAAGGAGCAAGAAGAAUACAUAAGGAAAGGACCAUGGAAAGCAGAAGAAGAUGAGAUGCUACUGAACCAUGUGAAGAAGUAUGGUCCCAGAGAUUGGAGCUCCAUUCGAUCCAAAGGUCUUCUUCAAAGGACUGGCAAGUCGUGUCGUCUUCGUUGGGUCAAUAAGCUUCGACCAAACCUCAAGAAUGGUUGCAAGUUUUCACUUGAGGAAGAGAGGGUUGUAAUAGAGUUGCAGGCACAAUUAGGGAACAGGUGGGCUAAGAUUGCAUCCUAUUUGCCAGGGAGAACAGACAAUGAUGUCAAAAAUUUCUGGAGCAGUAGGCAAAAGAGGUUGGCUAGGAUUCUGCAAACAUCAGCAACUCCUAAAUCGCAGAAAAAUAAAACUAGAGUUCCUUCCCUUCAUGAUGUUCCAAUUUUGCAGCCUCCUAAGUUCAGUUCACCAUCAGAGGGAGAACCAUCAUCAAAGCCUCAGUCAUGCUCACUGCCCUACAUUGAUAAUUCUGAGGUUAUCAAAAUGGUGUCUUUGCCAGAUCUCAUAAAGUCUGAGUUGCCUAGUUCUGACACAAUCCAUGUUGAACAAGAGUUUACCCUUUUUGAGAACUACAAAAGCACUGAACAGAUUGCAUUUCCUCAGAUUCCAGAACUCCAAAAUGGCCUCACAUUCUCAAUGGAAAACCAAGAUCUCUUGCCCACAAUUGAUGAGCCAUGUUUCAUUGAAGAAUUGUGUCCUCUUGAUGCAUCUGAGUUUGGAAUAGGUCCACAACACCCCAUUGGGUUCCCUUUCUUUCAGCCACCAGGAAGUUGCAGAUUAGGAACAGGGGAUGCAAUUGAUAACUCCAAAAUCAGUGACAGCUUCUUCGAUGAUUUCCCUGUGGACAUGUUUGAUCACAUGGACCCACCUGCAAGCCCUUCAAACCUCUGACUUUUGUUAUCAUUGUCGUUUACUCCUUGUGUUGUUGUGUGUUGCAGUCUUGUAAUUGUAGACCAAAAAUUGUCAUACUUAGAAUUUUGCCAUUCAUUGAUACUGAUGUCAUUUGUAGGAUAACCAAAAACAGACAUUUG